AUGGCUGCCGAGACGGAGGCGCGAGUCCUCAUGCUGUACACUGGCGGGACGAUUGGGAUGCUCAAGAACGAGUCGGGCGGAUACGCUCCGCACCCCGGUUUCCUCGCAUCGAACUUGCGGUCCCAAUCAAGGUUCCAUGACCCAGCGGGCGAGUCCGUCUUCGCCAACAGUUCGUCCGUCGGCGCUUUCUCGCAAUGGUCGACCCGCUCGCACAGCGGUACAUCAACGCCCAUCCACCCGCCCGUCCUUCCUCCCGAACAAGAUCCAAACACCAUCCGCGUCGAAACUUCCUGCGGCACGAUCCACCUCCCAGCACUCCUGACGCCUCGCUUUGCGCAAGGCAAGCGGAUCCGCUACGCGAUCUGGGAGUAUGCCAACUUGAUUGACUCGAGCGAGAUUGAGCCGAGCGACUGGAUCAAGAUUGCGAGCGACAUCGAGCGCAACUACCAUGCUUUUGACGGGUUCAUCAUCCUCCACGGAACCGACACGCUCGCCUUCUCCGCUUCCGCCUUGUCAUUCAUGCUGGAAGACCUAGGAAAGACCGCCAUCCUCACCGGCGCGCAAAUCCCUCUCAGCGAGCUCUUCACCGACGCAAUCGACAACCUCCUUGGCUCGCUCAUUCUUGCCGGCCACUUCAUCAUCCCGGAAGUCUGCCUCUUCUUCGACAAUCACCUCUUCCGAGGGAACCGCUCGGUCAAGGCUUCGUCCGAAGACUUCCAUGCGUUUCAGAGCUUCAAUUUGCCGCCGCUUGCGACGGUCGGGAUCGAUGUGGAGGUCGCUUGGUCGCAAGUCCUCCGUCCCGGUCCGCGCCCUUUCCGAGCGCACAAGUCGCUUUCGUCCGACGUUGCGACCCUCCGCCUCUUCCCCGGCAUUACCGGCGCCACAAUCCGGGCCUUCCUUCAGCCCAGCAGCAUCCGAGGCGUCGUUCUAGAGAGCUACGGCGCCGGCAAUGCCCCCCGACGACCAGAACUGCUCGACGCCUUCCGACAGGCAAACGAGCGCGGCGUCGUGAUCGUUAACGUCUCGCAGUGCGAGGUCGGAUCCGUCGCGCCUGACAUCUACGAGACUGGACGAGCUCUCGCAGCUGUUGGAAUCGUCGGGGGUGGUGACAUGACCACCGAGUGCGCGCUCGCAAAGUUGUCGUACCUCCUCUCGAAACCCGAACUCACGCCGGCACAAGUUCGGAAACUGCUCGCUCAACCGCUGCGAGGCGAACUUACUCCCGUCGCACCCGUACCGACGUACUCCUCACCGCUCGAUACGGAGACCCGCCUUCGCACCCUCUUCUCCCAACUCGUCGAAUGCGCCCCGCCAAACUCGCGCUCCUCGGUCUCGCCGCACAAGGUCGUCAAGCCUCAAUUGACAGGCGAAGACCCUGUCUUGCCUUCGGAGUUCACCUCAGCAUGGCCGUCGAGUCUGGCGGAUGAGGAUGCGCUCAAGGCGGCUGUCUUGCCGUACAUGCUCGCGCAGGCCGCUUCUCGCAGCAGCGAGCUCCUCCAGACGCUCGUCACCUCCCUCUCUGUAUUGAAUGCGACGCCUAUCUCGGCAACAACGGCGACCAGCUCCCACCCUCUCGCCCUGCCGUCCCUCCUGAACGAGCCCGCCUCCGUCACCCUCCAGACCCCUCUCCACCUCGCCGUCCUCGCUCUCAACCCUCAGAACGUCGACCUCCUCCUCGCAUCCGGUGCAUCCGUCCACGUCCGCGACACGCACGGCCACUCUCCGCUCUUCUACGCAGCGAAAGCAGGCGGGACAUUCGGUCUUGCCAUCGUCCGCUCGCUCAAGGCUGCCGGUGCGCAUCUGAGCGAAGCAGAAGUCGAGUCGGGACAAGUUGGACUGGAGAUCGUCAAGGCAGAGAAGGCGGUGGAUGCGAGUGUGAGGGAGGUUUGGCUUGAAGCGGCGGGCAAGGAGGAGGUUGAGCGGGCCAAGGCGGUCCUCGUAGGCCUUCUGGCGAGCUCGUAG